GUGUGUGCGUACGUACGUGUGUGCGUGUGCGUGUGCGUGUGUGUGUGCGUAUGUGAGGGAAAGGGAUGGGGUAGGGGAGGCAGCUCCGCCGCCGCAUGGCCGCCCCGCCUGGCCAAGGUGAACACCUCCUCCGUGUUCUCACACUCCCCACCGCUCUACCAUGUCCAACAAGUAUCCAGUUCAAGUUAGAAUGCGAGAAAUGUCGAAGCAAGAAGAGAUCCUGCUGAAGAGGAAGCGCGAGAUAGAGAGGAAGAUGAGGGAACAGCAGCAAGGAGACGCCAAGACCAAGAGACUCAGCGCCCCAUUACCCACCAAGCCUCCCCAGCCUAUACCCCAGCCUAUUCUCCAGCCUAUUCCCAGUGUAGCAGCAGCGUCUCAGGUUCCCAAUAAAUUUAGUAAUGAUGGCAGCUUUUUUGAACAGUUCAAAAAGCUGGCUGAGAAGAAAACAGAGGUGAAAGAGGAGAAACCUGGCAUUACAGACAUGUACAAAGCAUCACGACCAGCUACAAACAAGUUGAAACCCUUAAUUCAAAUUAAUUCAUUAAAGUACAUGAAUCCAGCCAAUUCAUUGUCUCAGGAACAUGAUUUCUCAUCAUUCACCAGUCCAGAUCUUGGAAAAGUCAAAACAGAAUUUGACAUUAAAGAAGAUGACUCGAGUAAUCAGACAGUGAAAGAUGAAGACCAGCCUGAUUGGUUCAGGGAUGCUCUUAAGAGAGCUCAAGAGAAAGCAAAACAACUGUCUGCAGUAGCCCCUCCUGUUUCUCUCUCAGCUGGUUCCAGUGAUGAUGAUUCCAGCAAGAGCCAAGAUUCUGUCGACCCUCGGGCCAAGAGACGGAAAAGUCGCUGGGGAAAAUCGUCUACCCCGGAGGCCAUCCCAGUACAGCUGCCAGCCCCAGUACCACCAGCUCCAGUCACCCCAUUGAGCCUGAAUGUGCCAGAUAAUCUGAUGGGUAUGGUGGGUGAAGGUGAACACAUAGCAGCCAUUCAUGGUGUCAUGGUUACUCGCUUAACAAGGAAUACUCCUGCCAUUAUUGCUUAUGCUAAGAGGGUAUUUGAUUCGACCGACCUAACGGAAGCACAAUGGAAACAGUGUGAAGAUCAAAUGAAGAUGAAUGUAGUGUUUCAACUUCUCCAAGCCAAGAAGAGGGAGGCAGAGCGUUUAGAACAACAAGGAAAGGUUAAAUAUGAGUAUGAUUCUGAUGAAGAUGUUGAUGGUGGUACCUGGGAGCAUAAAAGGCGGGCCAGAGAAAUGCAGGAGACCCAUGCAAAAGCUUCAGAACUAACAAACAUGGCAGAGGGAAAACAUCACAUUGGAGACUUUUUACCACCAGAUGAAUUAGCAAGAUUUAUGGAAAAGUAUCGAGCAAUAAAGGAGGGACGGGAUCCUGAUCUUUCAGACUACCAGCAACACAAACUUACUGAAGACAAUGUUGGCUACAGAAUGUUGAAGAGCAUGGGAUGGACAGAAGGAAUGGGUCUUGGUGCAGAAGGAAAAGGCAUAACAGCACCUGUUAACCAGAAUGGCCGUUCAGAGAGCCAGGGUUUGGGUGUGGAGAGACCUGAAGCACUCCUGGAAGAGGACGAUGAGUAUGAUGCAUACAGGAAACGAAUGAUGCUGGCAUAUCGCUUUCGACCAAAUCCACUGAACAAUCCCAGAAGAGCGUAUUACUGAAGGAGUUGAUAGUAGAUGGAUAUUUAGUCCAUAAGCAGAGUAGUUGCACAUGGUACAGAAGAUGAUAGCCAAAGAUAAAAUAUAUUUUGUUUCCAUAUCAUUUUUAACAGUGUCUUAUUAGUGGGGUACAGUUUUUACAGUACACUACCUGUAUGUUGAAUGUAUUUUUCAAACAUUGAGAUGUUAUGAUUUAUUAAGUAGUAUUCUUUUGAUUGUAGUUUAAGUAAAAUACAAUUUAUUCAUAACGAUGUAGAUCAAAGUCUAUUACGUUUAACAUUUUUAUAAAAAUUAUGAUACAUUUACACCAUCUUAAGACAAUCUAUUUGCCGUCAGUUUUAUACUCUAUUGUAUAUUCUGUUUUAUAUUGAAAUGGAACAGUACAUAUAUAUCCUCCUAUGUUCUGGUUAAUGAUCAUAAGAAUGGGUUAAUUAUUAUUGGUAUAAUUUAUUACAAAUUAAAUUUCACAUUGUUUUGGCUAUCAUGCAAUUUAAACAAGUACAUAAUAAGGGAAAGUUACCUUACGAGACAUGUCAAUGAAAUUUGAAACUAAAUGUUAAAAAAAUACUCAAAUUGGACGAGUGAGCUAAAUCCUAAACUGCUGUCCCAUAAAAGUGCUUCCUUGGUUUAUGAGGCCAACUUGUAUGUUCUCGGUACUUGGCAUGAACCAAGUAUGGGUCUUUAUCCUAGAGAAUUCCAAGGUUGCUACCCAAUUAAAAGCAAUUUGCAAUUUACACAAUUUCAGCUUUGUAUACACUACACAGAAAUGUUUCAUUGAAUAUGACUUCAUAUUCUGUGUUGAUUAUUUUCUUGUUUGGGGCUUCCUAUCCCUGUAACUAGUGCUCUUGCAUCUUGGUUUUGCAGGAGGAUUUCUCUGAAUGUCAUUUGGUCAAGGUUGACAAAAAGAGCAAAGCUAACUACUGUAUAAUGUAUUGUACUUUUCGUAAUUUACAUGUUUCACACCUACAAGGUUCAUUCUCAAGUGAGGAAUGACACAAGGAAACAUUUGAUUUAUAACACUGGGGCAUCAGUUUCAUACAAAAUUAUUCACCUGACAAUUUUGUAUGCAACUGACUUGCCAGUCUUGUAAAUCAGAGGUUUCCUUACGUCUUGUCAUUCCUCAAUUGAGUUUGGGCCUUGUAGGUUCGAAACAUUGUGUAAAUUAUAGUAAGUAUAAUACAUUAUACUGUUAGUCAUGUUCUUUUCGUCAGCCUUGAACAGGUAUGACAUUUGGAGAAAUCCUCUUCCAAACCCAUGAUGCAAGAGCGUUAGAGGGAAAGAAGCCCUAAACAAGAAAAUAAUUAACAUGGAAUAUGCAAUCAUAAUUUAAUGAAACAUGUCUGAAUGAAAACCUCCUGCCAAUAUACACUAGUACAUAAAAAGUAUAAACAUUAAUAUCAUCAGUUAUUUUGAAUUUUCUUAUGUACAUCCUCACUUCAUAAGUAUAUAUAGUAUAUACAUAAGUAUAUUAAGCUGGUUAUAGCUUAAAUUUUCUAAUCUAUUUUGUGUUUGAAUUUUAAAAAGCAUAAAUUGUUUGUGUUAUUUUGUCUUUAAAUAUCUUUGCUCCUAUGAAGCAGAUCAGUCAAUUUUGAGAAGUUUGUCACAUCUUCACUAUCUGGACAAAAAUUCUUUGCCCAUAACAUUAGCCAUACAUUUUGUUAUUAAAACCUCUUUCUGAGAAGUAUACUAUGUCUAUGGAUGAGGCUCAGUAUGUAUUGGGAAUUAGCAUGCCUGGAAGACUGGAACUUAUCUGUACCUUACAGUGGUGUUGUUUUGGUAUGCUUCUCAACCACUGCCAUUGUAUAAUAAAAUACACUAAAUAUAUCAAAGGUAGAUCAUUUUUAACCAUUAUGAAAUUAAUCUCAAGAAUGUUAAAAUGAAGUGCAACUAUAUUUUAACUACAAUUUGUAAAUAAAAUAUAGUAUAACUAUAUUUAAUAAAUAAACCACUUUGAGACCCAUUUCUUAUGUACAUUAUUAUAUGACUAUUAAAGCUGCUCAUAGUACAAUUGAAAUGAUUCUUUUGUUUUUAAUACACCUGAGAACACUUGCUAGAAUAGUUUAUUUACCAAUUUCAACUCAAGAAAAUGACACUUGGGGUUUAAUAAUUUCAGUAGAAAGUACAAAUAAUUGUAUUUUGCAACCAUCCACUUAGUUUUGUAACUAAGUAUUUACUUAUCUUCAUUUAUUUUCUCCCAUCUUAAUUUAAUUAAUAUGGCUGUAAACUAAUACAAACUGUGAUCAGUUAAUGCAUUCUCUAAUAGGAAACCUCAGCCAAGCAUUUUAUUGUAUAAUUUAGUAUCAAUGUAAUGUUAUACUUCUAGAAUGUAAUGUUCAAAUAGGUCUUAACUAAUGCUGUACUCAGUAUGUUUAAAUCUGAUUUUGUUUAUGCUUAGACUUUUUUCUCUACAGUAAAUGGUUAAAUUUAAAUUGCAUGUCACCACCACAAUGUUCUCACAUCCCAGUGGACACAAUAUUCCCCAAAAAUGCAAAAUGAGUCAAAUGUUGAAUUAAUGUCAUCAACGUUGACGAAUUGAUAACGUUAAUUUAUCAUGGAAUCGGUGCCACUCUUUGAUUGUGCCCAUCAGGAUGGUAAUUUACAGGUAUUUCUUAGUUUGCAGACUUUUGUUACAGUAUACGUAUUGUGUUACAUGUAUUUUAAUUCAACCUGUUUUCAUGACAUUAUUGAAGUAGUGAUUUACCAAAUGUACUUUUGACUAAUGUAAUACUUGUUACUUGGGAAUCACAUUGUGACAUUAUAAAAUUAUGGCAGAAUAAUUGGAUAUUAGCAUUGCUGUUGAAUUUGUAUACAUAACAUCCUGCUAAAAUUUCUAAAUUUAAAGAUACCUUUGAUAUAGAGGAUAAAUCAUUUAUUAUCUAAAGUGUGUAAGCAACUAAUGGAUCGUAUUGCAUUAAUUCUUGCACAGUUGACACUUGCACAACUUGACAAGCUAAUGUGCUGCAUCAGGUGCAUCUAUUAUGAAAUUCCAGGGAGAUGAUGUGCAGUUUAUCAGCAUUUAUAUAGAACUUGUGAUUUGUUAUCCAAUCCAUUAAACUACAAGGCUUGUUUAAUUCUAUAUUGACUUGUUACAUAGUAGGUGCAAUAUUAGCAAACUUUUAUUUGCAAAGUGUUCCUCUGUGAUAAAUCUACUGGAGAAGUGCACUUGACUAUUUUGAAUCAUAUUACUGGAUAUAAUAGUAGUAUUUAUUUUUCUUUAUUCAAAUAAUUCUGAGACAUCAUUGAAGAUAUUGUUGGGAAAUUGUGAACUUUAGUUGUUAACUAUUGUGACUAAUUAAAUCUUAGGGCAGAAAA